AUGAGCAUUAAAAUCGCCUCUAUGGGCGAAUGGAGCUCGCUCCUUAGCAACACAGAAGUCGUCGUCGCCGACUUCUACGCCGACUGGUGCGGCCCGUGCAAGAUGAUUGGCCCUCACUUUGACCGCCUUGCCCAGGAACACAGCAAGCCCAAGAAGAUGGCCUUUGCCAAGAUCGACACCGAGCAGCACAACGACAUCUCCGGCAGCUACGGCGUCCGAUCGCUCCCCACGUUCAAGGUCUUCCAUAAGGGUGCUUGCAUCGAUACGGUCACAGGCGCCGACCCUUCUGCCCUUGCUGCCGCCAUCAACAAGGCCAAGAACCUCGUCGGCAGCACCACCGGCGAGGACAUGUUCAAAUCGUCAUCGGGCCGCGUCCUUGGUGGUAAGGGCGUCAGUAGUGGUAGUAGCCGCGGUGCCGCUGCUGCUCGCAGAGUGUCGGCGCGCCCAACAUUCAACUUGAUGGCUUUCCUCUCGGGCCUGUUCAACUUUGUCGGCCUCUACUUUGUGUCCCUCUUUGCCCUCGACUCGUUCCGCGCUGCUGAUAAGUCCAUGUUCAGCGUCAAUUACGAAGGCCCAAAAGACCGCGGUGCUGCUCCUACCCGUCAGCCUGGCAAUGGCCCUGCGGCGGCUCCGAGCAGAACAAAAUUCAAGACGUUCUCUGAUUUGUAA